UUUCUCUCUUCCUUGUGUAAGCCACUGAUGAUUGCCUUUAAUAAUCGCAGCUGGCUGCUACACCAGCCCUCUUUUUUCUUAGUCGGCAUCCCAGGUUUAGAGGAAAGCCAGCACUGGAUAGCAUUGCCGCUGUGUGUCCUUUACCUCCUUGCCCUCGGGGGCAAUGUCACCAUCCUGUUGGUCAUCUGGACUGACCGAUCCUUGCACCAGCCUAUGUACCUAUUCCUGGCCAUGCUCUCUGGCAUUGACCUGGUCCUGGCCUCCUCCACUGCACCCAAAACACUGGCAGUGCUCCUGGUUCAUGCCCACGAGAUGGGGUACACUGUCUGCCUGAUCCAGAUGUUCUUUAUCCAUGCAUUCUCCUCCAUGGAGUCAGGUGUUCUUGUGGCCAUGGCUCUGGAUCGCUACGUGGCCAUCUGUCACCCUCUGCGCCAUUCCACCAUCCUGCACGCAGGGAUCAUAGGGCACACUGGAGCAGCAGUGCUGGUACGGGGCUUCCUGCUCCUUCUCCCCUUCCCUGUCCUGUUGCGGAGACUUACCUUCUGUAGAACCACCGUCAUAGGCCAUGCCUAUUGUGAGCACAUGGCUGUUGUGAAACUUGCCUGCUCUGCAACCACAGUGAACCGAGCCUAUGGGUUAGUAGUGGCCCUGCUGGUGGUUGGGCUGGAUGUCCUGGCCAUUGGCGUGUCCUAUGCCCUCAUCCUCCAGGCAGUGCUGAGGCUACCAGGGGGUGAGGCCCGACUCAAGGCCUUUAGCACGUGUGGGUCUCAUAUUUGUGUCAUCCUGGUCUUCUAUGUUCCUGGAAUGUUUUCUUUCCUCACUCACCGCUUUGGCCACCAUGUUCCCCCUCACAUCCAUGUUCUUCUGGCGACACUCUACCUCCUUGUGCCACCAGCUCUCAAUCCUCUCAUCUACGGCGUGAAGACUAGGCAGAUCCGCCAGCGAGUACUCAGGGUGUUCUACGUACAAGGGUAG